AUGCAGAUGAAAAAUAUCCUAACCGAGGAAAAAAAAAGUAAAACUGCCGACACUGACUGUAUAGAUGCCCCUGCUAAAGCAAGUAACAUUGUCAACACUGCUUGUGUAGAUGUUACUGCUGAAAGAAGUAAAACUGCUGACACUGAGUUUGUAGAUGCACCUGCAGAAGCAAGUAAAAUCGCAAAAAACCAUUCUAAUUCAGAACAAAUGUGUAAAACAGAAACUACCGAUAAACAACGAAAAAAAAUUGAUAAUGUUGUUUCGGGGCCCAGCUCCACUAUGGAUAACAUAGAGUUAAUUAUCGAAUCUUUAGCUAGAAACCUAAUGGGGUUUGUACCAAAUUUGGACAAGAACGUUACUUUCUAUUCGUGGUUUAGAAGGUAUGAAGAUUUAUUCCUUAUAGACGGAGCUAAGUUAAACGACGCAGCUAAGAGUUCGGUUACAGCUUAG